AUGCAGUCGUGGAGAAGGAAGUCCCUCUGGCUGGCACUGUUGGCCUCCUGGCUCCUCAGCCUCCUAGGAGUCUUUCCCCUUCUCCGCCUGGCAGUGCCCGCCAGACCUCAGGCAAGGCGCCCCCAAGGUUGGCCCCGUUGGCUGGAUGCAGAGCUCCUGCAGAGUUUCUCCCAGCCUGAGAAGGUCCCAGAAGAUGCCCCUCAGUCUUCGAAAGCCCCCCGUAGUGGCAGCUGCAGCUGGGGAACUUGCUUUGACACCUCGAAGUGCAGGGGUGCUGGUUUCAAGGUAUUUGCGUACCCAGCAGCUGGACCCAUCUCUGAGACUCAGCGCAGGAUCUUGGCUUCCAUUGAGGGGUCCCACUACCACACACUCAGACCUGCUGAGGCCUGCCUUCACCUGCUCCUCAGCCCGGACACCCCGGCCGGAGAGUGCAGCCCGGUGGCCCCACAAUGGAACGGGGGCAAGAACCACCUGGUCCUCCGGCUCCACCCAGCCUCCUGUUCCCGGAACUUCCAGCUGGGACAAGCAAUGGUGGCCGAGGCCAGCCCCCCAGUGGACACCUUCCGGCCUGGCUUUGACGUGGCCCUCCCGCUUCUCCCUGAAGCCCACCCGUUUCGAGGUGGGGCUCCUGGCCAGCUGCAGCAGCACAGCCCCCACCCCGGGGUGGCCCUGCUAGCCCUGGCAGAGGAGAGGGGCGGGUGGCGCACGGCAGACACCAACUCCUCUGCCUGCCUCUGGGAUGGGCACUGUGAGCAGGACCGAGGACCUGAGCAGUCCCACCCUGGGGCAACGCUGCCCAAUGCUACCUUCUGCCUCAUCCCUGGCCGCCGUCCUGAUGCCUUGCGCUUCCUCCAAACUCUGCAGGCUGGCUGCAUCCCUGUGCUUCUCAGCCCUCGCUGGGAGCUGCCCUUCUCCGAGGUCAUCGAUUGGACCAAGGCGGCCAUUGUAGCUGAUGAGCGGCUCCCCUUUCAGGUCCUGGCUGCCCUCCAGGAGAUGCCCCCCACGCGGGUCCUGGUCCUGCGUCAGCAGGCCCAGUUUCUGUGGGACACCUACUUCUCCUCAGUGGAGAAGGUCAUCCAUACCACUCUGGAGAUUAUUCAGGAUCGGAUCCUUGGAGCAUCUGCUCACCCCUCGCUGUUGUGGAACAGCCCCCCGGGGGCACUCCUGGCCCUGUCCACCUUUUCCACAAGCCCCUCGGACUUCCCCUUCUACUACCUUCAGCAGGGCUCUCGCCCUGCAGGCAGGUUCAACGCCUUGAUCUGGGUGAAGGCCCCAGGCCAGCCCCCGCUGAAGCUCAUCCAGGCGGUGGCAGGAUCCCAGCACUGUGCCAAGGUCUUGGUUCUCUGGAGCAGUGAGAAGCCACCCCCACUCAGGUGGCCUGAGAUAGCAGUGCCCUUGAUAGUCAUUGAAGGGCACAGGAAGGUCAGUGACCGCUUCUUCCCAUACAGUGCCAUCAGCACCGAUGCCAUCCUCAGCCUUGAUGCCCACAGCAGCCUUUCCACAAGUGAGGUGGACUUUGCUUUUGUGGUAUGGCAGAGCUUUCCAGAGCGAAUGGUGGGUUUUCUGACGUGGAGCCACUUUUGGGAUGAGGCCCGGAAUGGCUGGGGCUACACUGCCAAGAGGGCCAACGAAUUCUCCAUGGUCCUCACCUCAGCUGCCUUCUAUCAUAGGUAUUACCACACCCUCUUCACCCACUCCCUGCCCAAGGCUCUGAGGACCCUGGCAGAUGAAACACCCACCUGUGUGGACGUCCUGAUGAACUUCCUAGUAGCAGCAGUCACCAAGCUACCCCCUAUCAAGGUGCCCUAUGGGAAGCAGCAUCAGGAAGCCAGAUCACUACCGGCGCCUGGGGACCUGGGACCCGCGCCUGAGCCGCAGCACGCAGACCAAAACUGCAUGAACCAGAUGGCGGCAGGGUUCGGCCACAUGCCCCUGGUGUCCUCUCGCCUUCGUCUGGACCCAGUGCUCUUUAAGGACCCGGUGUCCGUGUUGCGCAAGAAGUAUCGCAGCCUGGAGAAGCCCUAAGAAGGACC